ACCGGGUUUCUGCUGUUACAAAGCCUUUCUUCAUCCCUCUUCCCGAGCCGUGGGAAUCAGUAAAUGAAUGUGGAUGUAGACGAUGUAAGGCAGGAGGUGCCCAGACCUCCUGCUCCUCCUCCCCGCUGGAGCUGCGCUGCCGCUCGGUCACAUUACAGUGACUGGGUCCGGGCUUCUUGAUCUGCUGGGAGCUGGAAGCUGGACCGGGACAAAACUCUACCUCUCGGUGGAAGGGCGUCUUUUGCAGAGGAAAUAGAGGACACAAAAGGGAAAGAGCAGACAGAGACUCAACCCCCAAAAAACAUGCGGAAGCGACAGCAAUCUCCUGUGCAAACUCCCCUCUUCGUCCCCAGGAAUGUAGGAAAUGAGUCUGAGGUCCUGGACAAAAAGCCUCAGUUCCACCUGGAUCUUUGGUUUUAUUUCACAGUGCAAAACUGGAUCCUGGAUUUUGGCCGUCCAAUUGCGAUGAUUGUUCUUCCAGUCGAGUGGUUUCCAUUGAGUAAACCAAGUGUCGGUGAUUAUUUUCACAUGGCCUACAACAUCAUCACACCUUUCCUCCUCCUCAAGCUUAUUGAACGUUCUCCCAAGACACUCCCUAUCUCAGCCGUGUACAUCUGUAUAAUAACAUUUGUUAUGGGAGCAAGCAUUCACCUGGUCGGCGAUUCAGUGAAUCAUCGUCUGAUUUUAAGUGGCUACCAACUCCACUUGUCUGUGCGUGAAAACCCAAUUAUGAAGGACUUGAAGCCAGAAACGUUGAUUGACUCGUUUGAGCUGCUGUAUUACUAUGAUGAAUCCUUAGGCCACUUGAUGUGGUAUGUUCCCUUCUUCAUCAUUUUCAGCUUGUAUUUCACUGGCUGCUUCACUCGCUGUAGCAGAGACAGCAGAAUGCCCCUGUCAGCAUGGCUGCUACUUGGACCAAGUAGCCUGUACUACUGGUAUCUGGUGACUGAGGGUCAGAUCUUCGUCCUCUAUAUCUUUACCACCUUUGCUAUGAUGGCAACGGUCAUGCACAAGAAACGUAAAGGACUGGUGAUGGACAGUAAUGGCCUAUUCUUGUUUUACUCUUUCUGCAUUGCCCUGGUCCUGAUCUCUGCUUGGGUUGCCUUCCUGUGGAAUGAUAAAAUUCUCCGAAAAAAGUACCCUGGAGUCAUGUACGUUCCGGAGCCCUGGGCGUAUUAUACACUGCACAUCAAGAAAACACCGUAGCUUCUUUUCUGGGUCAUGCUUCUGAAGAUGCUUUAGUCAACUUUCCAACUCCCCCCAAGUAACUGAUAGUUGAGUGUUUCUCUAGGGUGCCGUUGUGCUCUCCACACUUCAAUUCACAGCGGUUUCAGGUAGGCAUUGAUGCAAAUAGUGGCAGUAUAGUUUGUGCCAAGUGAUGCAAGGCACUCCUAUCCCCACCAGGAGGCAGCUUUGUGCUGCUUUCUAGUUUGCACUGAGUGCUGUAUAACUCCAGUUUAGCCCAAGUGCUCUGGGAAAGCCACUGGGUCACUCCUCUCCGUCCUCUCACCCCCACCCUUAUCAGGCUCACUCGAAUUUCCAAUGCAGUCUUUCUCAACUCAGAAGAGAGUAGACCCAGCCCCUGCUGCAUUUCUGCUAAUGGUAAGUGAGAUAGGACCAAUUCCAGGCUGGAUAUCAUCGAGCAUGAGUGAGGCAGUCAGACUCUUGGAUACCUCUUCCAAAGAGCCAGCACAAGCUGGAAGGGUCAAAUGGUCAUUUUUGGUGCUGUGUAAUCCUGUGACUGAGGGUCUCUUGUGAAAUUAAUGCAUUCACGCCAGAAGUUGCUGUUGGUGAUAUUUAGUGACAGAGUCCCUGACCUGUUCAACCAUCAUUGUCUCUGCCUGCUGAUGUUACCAAUACAACAGCAUGUUUACUCUAUUAUAGUUUAAAGCAGUCAGUGGAAAGGAGAGCAGACAGCCAGACCUUGACUGUGUGUAAUAGUCUGAAAAUGGAGGUAGUAAUAUUGAUGAAAGUAAAUUUGAGGAGGUAGCAGUUUAGUGGCAUUGUCACAUACAAUCCACAAUUCCAGGCUAAUAAUCUGGGAGCAUGGGUUCAAGUCCUACUGUGGCAGAUGGUAGAAUUUGAAUUCAAUAGUUUAGAAUGAAGCUGGUCUAAUGACCAUCAUGUCACCCACUCAAUGUGUCAUCUGGUUUUGGGAGGGAAGUCCACCAUCCUGAGCUGGUCUGGCCUCCAUAUGACUCCAGACCCAGAACAGUGACUCUUUGCUGCCCUUUGUAUGCUUGAGAAUGAACAGUAAAUGCUGACCUAGCCAGCAACACCUUCAUCCUAUGAAUGAAUGUAUGAAGGAAAAAUAUCAGGAGAGCUGACUCUACCACAAUUACACCCAAUAAAGAUUUACCUGAUGUGUUCA